AUGAAGGCAGUGAUUUUAAUUGUCCUAAUCAUCUUCACUUUGCUUAAAGGGAAGAAAUUCCGAUGGUGCACCCUUUCUGACCUGGAACAGAGAAAGUGUGCUGAACUGUCCAAAGCACUUACGGCUGUGCUGCCCCUUGCUACUGUCAAUUCGUUUGCUAGGAUUUCUUGCAUCAGAGCCCACAAUACACAUGACUGCAUUGAUAAAAUCAGGGUGAAUAAAGCAGAUGCUGCCUCCUUGGAUGCUGGAGAUGUUUACUCAGCUGUAAAGCUAUAUGGUUUGACAGUGGUGGCAAAGGAGAUCUAUGAUCAAGGAAGUUGUGUUUUUGCUGUGGCCAUUGCCAGACGAGGAACUCUGGAUAUCCAGAGGCUACGAGGUGCGCGCAGCUGCCACAAUGGAGCCAGAUGGACAUCAGGCUGGAAUAUUCCACUUGGCUUUCUCCUGGCAAGAAAUGAUCUUUCCUGGGAUGAGGCGCAACCUCUGAGCCAAGUAAUCAGUGAGUAUUUCAAUGCAAGUUGCAUCCCUGGGGUUGGUGUUGCUGCUCCUCGACUGUGUGCUCUCUGCCAAGGCCAAAAAUCCUAUGUCAGAGACAAGAACCACUUCUGUGAGACAAGCAGUAACGAACCCUUCUAUGACUCUGAGGGAGCCUUCAGGUGCUUGAAGAAUGGAGUGGCGGAUGUUGCCUUUUUAGAUCAUCUAGCAAUUAUGAGUGCUACAGAGUCAGAACAACGGGAAUAUGAACUCUUAUGUCCUGACGGGACUACAGCUGAGCUGACUGAAUACAGCACCUGUAACUUGGGCAAAGGGCCUGGCCGUGGUAUCAUCACCCGCCACAACUUCCAGAAGAUUACCAACAAAUUUCUUACCAUGAUCCAACGCCUCUUUGGGCGACAAGGAAAGGAAAGAGCCAGGUUUGAACUCUUCACUUCAGCACCCUUUGGGGGGAAGAACCUGCUGUUCCAGGAUGCCACUCAGCACCUGCAGCUUCUUGAGGAGCAGCUAGAAAUUGCCUAUGUCCUUGGUCUGGAUUAUGUAGCUCUCCUUAAGGGACUAGGCCAUGAAGGAAGCUCUUUGGACAACAGUGUUGUGCGCUGGUGCUGCAUCAGUGACGCUGAGCUUCGCAAAUGUGAGGAGUGGGCACUGAACAUCAAAUCCGACCCAUUAGUCUGUGUCCAAGCAACGUCCAUGACCAAAUGCAUUGAAAUGAUCAAGAGUAGUGAGGCUGAUGCAGUCACCCUGGACGCAACACAUGUCUACAUUGCAGGGAGGUGUGGAUUGGUGCCUGUAGCUGCAGAAUGUUAUGGGGGAGAUUGUGCCCCAGCUGCUAAGAGCAUGGAGGAAACAGGGAAACUGAUUCAUCUUAAGCGCAAAGCACUGCCACCAGUUUAUGCUGUUGCCCUAGCUAAGAAAAAUGCCAAACAGAUUAACAUCCGCAACCUUAGGGGAAGGCGAUCCUGCCACAGUCACCUGUACAGUCCUGGAGGGUGGUUACUGCUUUCCAGAUACACAGUGGGAGCUCUGGAGAAUGACACUGCGAACUGUGACACUGGCUCUGUUUAUCAGAAUUACUUUUGGAAGGGCUGCAUGCCGGGAGCAGAUGGAAACCUGUGCAAGGUGUGCAUUGGAGACGGUGAGGUGGAAGGGGCUCGAGUAUCCAGCAGAUGUGCUGCAAGUCAUAACGAGCGUUACUAUGGCAACAUGGGAGCACUCAGGUGUCUAGUUGGCAAUCCCAGUGGAAGAAGCUUUGGAGAUGUAGCUUUCCUGGAACACUCUAACCUACUCCAGAACAUACAGAAUCUGGACAGCUCUGGUUGGGCAAAAGGUUAUACCCCUCUUGACUUUGAACUCUUGUGUGCGGAUGGAACGCGCGCUGCAGUCACAGAAUGGGGGGGCUGUAACCUUGGCCCCGUUCCCCCCAGCACAGUCAUGACUCGACCAGUCACUGUCACUAAAAUCCAUGAUUUUCUAAUGAAAUCCCAGGAAUCUCUGGGAAGCAAACUGGACUCUGAAUUCCAUCUCUUUCAGUCGUGGAAGUAUGGUGAAAGCGAUCUGCUUUUCAAAGAUACUACUCAGUACCUUGUUCAUGCAAGUCACAUGAGCUACCAGGAAAUCCUUGGAGUGUCUUUCUUUCACCUGGCAGAAUCAGUGUUUAAUUGUACACCUGCAGGCAUCUUAGACUUCUGCAAACAGGAUAUCUGUGCAUCCCCAUCGAACUGACGGCUAAUACAGUCUCUGCAAGGCGCGUACACCACCAUCAAUGUUGAAAACAAGGACAUAG